AUGGUGGCCAUUGGGGAUAUCAAAAUGGUUAGAGAUCAUGAUGAAGUUAAUGUCCGUAGAUCUUGGACAUCAUUUAACAUCCAUGAAAGAGUUGAUGUUAGAGGUGACUGUGCAGAACGGUUUCCUAACCAAGAGGAGUAUGAGAAGUUGAAUAAUAUUAAUCAAUAUGAGAAUUACAAUGCAGCAAGGGAUGAUGUUAGCAUUCAGUUGGAUUGUUUCAUCAGCUUAGAUUGUGGGCUUCCAAAAGACACCCGCUACACAGAGCCAACGACAAAGAUUGAUUACAUUUCAGAUGCACCCUUCAUCAGCAGUGGCAUAAGCAAGAGCAUAUUGCCAGAAUAUAAAGCUACCAACCAACAGCAGCAGGUAGCCUUAGUAAGGAGCUUCCCUCAAGGAUCCCGAAACUGUUACAAACUAGACGUUAAAAGAGCUGUCAAGUAUUUGAUCAGAGCUACUUUUCUAUAUGGCAACUAUGACGAUCAAAAUAGGCUGCCCAAAUUUGAUCUGCACCUGGGAGCUAAUUACUGGAUUACAGUGAAUUUUAGCUCAGCAAGUUCAAUUGUCAUGAAGGAGAUCAUACAUAUUACCUCGAAUUCAAACCACCAUCUACAGAUAUGUCUUGUAAACACCGACUAUGGGACACCUUUUAUUUCAGCAUUAGAAUUGAGGCCUCUCAAAAAUUCUAGUUACGUGACUAAAACUGGGUCCUUGGCAUUGGACCGUCGCUUGGAUACUGGUUCAACCGCCAACCAAUCAUACAGGCAUCCAUACGAUGUUUGGGAUCGCCUCUGGACGCCCUAUACACAGAAAGACUGGAGCACAGUAACAACUUCGCUUACUGUAAAUUACGCCCAAGUUAGCAUUGAUUUCCAGCCACCGUCUAUUGUGAUGAGCACCUGCGCCAUGCCAUUGAAUGCCAGUGCUCCCUUGGAAUUCCACUACUGGGAGCCACGGGAUGAAAGUAGCCAGUAUUAUAUUUACUUUCACUUUGCUGAACUUCAACAACUUCAAUCUAAUCAGUCCAGAGCAUUUGAAAUCGUUCUGAAUGGGAUCAAGUGGUAUAAAGAAGAUUUUGUCCCUAGCUACUUAAAGUCAUUCGCCGUAUACAGCACUGGAGCUUCCACCAAUUCAAAUUAUAGUUUCUCAUUUGUUCGGUCGAAAAACUCGACUCUGCCACCGAUCCUUAACGCCGUUGAGGUUUACACGGUCAUCGAAUUCUCCCAACAAGAAACAGACCAAGAUGAUGUGGAUGCCAUCAACAACAUAAAGUCAAGCUACGGAAUAAGUAGAAACUGGCAAGGAGAUCCAUGUACUCCAGUAGCAUUCUUAUGGGCAGGUCUAAAUUGCAAUUACAAAGAUUUUGAUACCCCUAGAAUCAUAUCCUUGAACUUGUCGUCAAGUGGAUUAACUGGAGAGAUAACCUCAUUCAUAUCCAGUUUCACUAUGUUAGAAUCAUUGGAUUUAUCAAACAAUAGCUUAACUGGACCAGUUCCUGAUUUUCUAACUCAAUUGCAAAACUUGAGGGUCCUAAAUUUGAAACGCAACAUGCUCAGAGGUUCAGUUCCAGCAGAACUGAUUGAAAAGUCCCACUACGGUUUUCUAUCGUUAAGGGUUGGAGAAAAUAAACAUCUUUGCGCAUCCAAUCCAUGCAAAAAGAAGAAUAAUAUUCUCAUUGCACUAGUAUCAUCAAUUGGUGCACUGGUUGUCCUGUUAAAUGCAGCAGCUAUCUUCGUGUUUCUAAAACGAAAAAAACAAGAAGGUGCAAGAUCAACUUUCGAAAAUAAUUCACUGGAGCAUAAAAAACGUCAAUUUACCUACUCUGAGAUCUUAGACAUAACAAAUAAUUUUGAAAGAACUCUUGGUAAAGGUGGAUUUGGAACAGUUUACCAUGGCCUAAUAGAGGGCACUGAAGUAGCUGUAAAGAUGCUUUCCUCCUCAUCAGUUCAAGGUUAUCAACAAUUUCAAGCAGAGGUUAAGCUUCUAAUGAGAGUUUAUCAUGGAAACUUGACAAGCCUUGUUGGGUACUGCAAGGAAGGAACAAACAUGGCUCUUAUCUAUGAGUACAUGGCCAAUGGAAAUCUAGAGUCGUAUCUUUCUACAGGAGAUGGAACAGAAAAUGUGAUAAGUUGGCGUGGAAGACUUCAAAUAGCUUUGGACGCAGCUCAAGGAUUGGAGUAUCUACACAAUGGUUGUAAGCCGCCUAUAAUCCACAGAGAUGUGAAGACCUCAAAUAUAUUAUUAACUCAUAAUUUUCAAGGCAAACUGGCGGAUUUUGGGCUAUCCAGAAUUUUCCCAACUGAUAGUGGCACCCAUGUGUCUACCGCUGUUGCUGGCACCCCUGGUUACCUUGACCCUGAGUACUACAAAACAAAUAGGCUAAAUGAGAAAAGCGAUGUUUACAGUUUUGGAGUAGUUCUGUUAGAGAUAAUCACAAGCCGGCCAGCCAUAAGUAAAAACGAAGACAGGACUCAUAUAAGCCAAUGGGUGAGUUAUGUAGUUGGUGAUGGGGAUAUUAGAAGUGUGGUUGAUCCAGGGUUAGAGGGAGAUUUCGAAGUCAAUUCAGUGUGGAAAGCUGUUGAAAUAGCAAUGGCUUGGGUAUCUCCAACAUCCUCUCAAAGGCCAAAUAUGAACCAGGUGGUGACUGAACUAAAAGAUUGUUUAGCAAUAGAGGUAGCUGGAAAGAACCAUAUCCCUCUCACUCAUUCGGCAGCAGCUGUUGAUUUCAGUGGAAUGUUCUAUAUAGCUUCGUCUACCGAAUCCAUGAAUCCCUCACCAAGAUAGCUGUUUAUUUAUUAUGAUGCUACUCCUUGUAGAAGUUCAAUUUUUACACGAUUUUCAACAAUAUAGUUGUAUCCAAUUGCCUUUCGAUAAAUUCGGAGUUCAAUAAUAAAGCU